GAACGUGUUUCAAAUACCGCGCUGCAGUCCCCGCCUCGUUGCCUCGAGCACUUUUGCACGUUUUAAACCACAAUUCAAUUGUUAGGUGUCUGUGUGGCUCGCGCACUCUGGAACUGGGUUAAAGGGCACCGAAUUUCAACUUUGAUCGACAGGAGUGCUGGUAACUGGUUGCGUAUCCUGCUGCAAUUGCCCAUGUGAGGACAGCGAGGCACAAAAACUCGCUAUUGUGAUAAACGUAGGUGACGACCUUGUUAAAGUCAGUUUAUUCUAAAAAGCACCCAAACCAAUCACUCUUACAAACAGGCCUACGUCUUUAUUAAUGUAAAGCAAAUAUUGAGGUCCUGUGCCAGGUGUGGCACUGACACAAGUUUUAUUGAUUGGGUAACUAGUCGUGUCUUUCUUUGUGCAGGUGAUCAGCAGCCUACGUGUCUGCGCAUGUUUUAUAUGCGUUGAGUGAGUGAGUGUGUUGUCUUGUGUGUGAGAGCUAGCAGCGCGCGCGCGCACACACGUACACACACACACACACACACACAUACACAUACACACACACACACACACACACACACACAAACACAAACACACACACACAAUGCUUUUCCAGUAAUUUCCCCGGUGCCCCGAUGCGCUCAUUGGUGCGUCCUUCCAACGUGUCACCACUUUUGGUGGAUUACCCCAGAUAUCUUCACCAUCGGGACGGUGAAACACCACUCCUUUCUCUCAACUCCAGCCCUCAAGGUGUCCAGCUGUCAACAAGGACCUCUGACGAUAUUUGGAGAACUUGCUACUUCCAAAGAGCACCUCGGGGAAAAGGAUUUGAAGAUUGUUAUUUGUACUUUUUACGCACGUCUAGCACACAUAUGCACGUAUUUACUUCAGAGUCGAGGAUGACGCCGUCUUUUUUAUGCCCAGUGUUUCUGUUUUUGGCACCUUUGCUGUUGGAGAGUCUCUUGGUCAGUGGCUCCCCGCCGGGCUGCGCGUCCUGUGGCUUGCCGGCGAUGGAGAAAAACGCCGAGCAAACGAUGAUGAUAGAAAUCGCCAAGCAGCAACUUUUGGACAAGCUGCACCUGAAAGAGAGACCAAACAUCACUCAUACGGUGCCCCGCGCAGCUCUCCUCACGGCGCUACGUAAACUGCACUCGGGGCGCGUCAGGCAGGAUGGUAGUCUUGAACUAGAAAACAUUAUACCUACCAAAGAUCAAGGCUAUGAAAUAGUGAGCUUUGCAGAUAUAAAUGAGACAGAGAGUGGUGAUGCGGCGAGUCUUACCUUCCAGUUUCUGCAGGAACAUGGCCAGAGCAUCCAGGUGCUCCAGUCUUCACUGUGGAUCUAUGCCCGCUCCUCCAGUGACCCUCACAGAGACUCCCGUCUCUCUGCCCGGGUCUUCCUCUCUGCAGAAGGCGGAAACUCUAACCGCACUCUGGUGAUGGAAAAGAUGCUGGAGGUCCAGCAGAGUAACUGGCACACCUUCCCCAUCACCCGCACCCUGCAGGCCUUCCUGGAUGGAGGCCAGCGGCAGCUGCGGCUGGAGGUGAGCUGCGACGAGGAUGGGAAGAACCUUUGCUCCCUGGACGACUCUGUAGACACCUCCAACCAGCCGUUCCUGAUGGCCCAGGUACGUCUUCGUGACGACCACUCCAAGCACUUACUCAGGAAGCGCUCAUUGCGUUGUGGCGACGACGUGAGCGUGUGCUGCAAGAGAGACUUCUACAUCAAGUUCAAGGAUAUCCAGUGGCACGACUGGAUCAUCGCACCUGAAGGCUACCACAUGAACUACUGUAUGGGUCAGUGCCCCCAACAUCUGUCCGGCUCCCCGGGCAUUGCAUCCUCAUUCCAUGCCACUGUCUUCAGCCAGCUGAAAGUCAACGGCAUCAACACGGCUGCAUCUUCAUGCUGUGUUCCCACUGAGCGCCAGCCGCUCUCCAUGGUGUACUUCAACUCCCAGCACAGUAUUGUCAAAACGGAUGUUCCCGAUAUGAUUGUGGAGUCCUGUGGAUGUACAUAAAGGACAGCGUAUUAAAGACAUGCUAGAGUUCACACAGAUUUGUUUUAGCAGAGGAAGCUUAAAACAAUGCGUGUGUAUGUAGACAGACAAAAAGAUAACCAACAAGAACAGAGGAGAUGAAAAUGUAUUUUUCUAUGUCUAGUUUGGGACAACCAACUCUAAAUAUGAUGUCACUUGCACUCUUUUCUGAUUGGAAUUGAAAAAAAUUUAAAAGGUUUGCUUUUUCCCAUAUUAGACACACAAGUGUGUUGAAAUAGACACACCAUUUAGCGUUUACAAACAUAGGCAAUGACUAUAAUAUCAGUUUCAAAUUAAGAUCACAUCAGGUAAAUAACAGGUAUAAAUACAAAGCAAUUCUUUUGGAUUAUAUAUUAAGGAAUCACAAUGUUGACACAUUUUUAUUUUUUAUUUCAUUGAAAGGUUUUGCAGUUUUUAAAGGGUUGAAGAGAUAAUGUUGAGUGCCUAGAACCAACUGAGUGAAAUAUGAAUGUCUAAAUGAGAUUAUUCACUGUGUCUGAAUGCAGACACAUUUUUGUCUACACACAAGAAAAGUAUGAUAUUAAUGUUAAAAAAGUAGCUCAGGCCAGGACUGAUUGAAGUCCCGCUUCUAUGAAAGAAACUUAAACAUACAGAGAUUAAUAUAAAGCCUUUACUGUAGUGUACAUGGCAAUUUAAGCCCAAUGUAAUCUUCUUUGUCUUCCUUUUUUUUCAUUUUUUUGUGUUAUGUUGACUAUUUAUUUUGUAUUUCAUGAUUGAAAAUGUUUUAAGGAUCUCAGGAAAUUGGGAGAAGAACUCACCGCUCUUCUAGCUCUUUUAAAACAAUAGCAACAGUAUUUUUUCUUGUCAUAGUCACAGUGUCCACAUACAAUAUUCUGCAUGUACUUUAUAAAUAUUUUAUUUCAAAGAAAUGUUAGAUUUUUAUGGCUUAUCUACACUGUUUCUUAGCCAAACUCAAUGCUGCCAUUUCAGGCUUUUACAUCAAUGAAACAGACUGUUGAUUUACAGUUUGCCUUCUUUAUUAACUCAUGAUGACAAAAUGCAACUUUAGCAUCAAGUCGUCUGGGUCUAAAUACCAAUGAGAAUCCACUGAGUAUUAUUGCUGACUAAUGCAGUUUUUUAUGUGGACCUGUAAGACAAUGUUCAUGUGGACUUUUAUUUGUUUUUUACAACUGAACCGAAACGGUUUGAACAGGCACAAUCUGUCCCGAGAUCACAGCACAGCCGAUGCUGCAUGCAGACUUAAAUAUGUUUGAUCAGCAUCUCCACUGUAUUAUUUACACAGGACGGCUAAUCAGUUGGGUAACUCUGUCUCCGACAGCAUAUGAACUCAAGGUCAUUUCUCAGCAGCGUGAGCAAACAUUUAGCAAUUGCUUCAGUGUCAGGUAAUGUGAAGGUCCGCAAGGCAGGUGGGUCAAUGAGCAUGUGGUGUUGCACGUUGGCAUUUAUAGCUCUCAAAGUCUAAAGUUUUCUGGGAUGAGGUAAAAUUAGAAGCUUUCUAGCUCAUAGGCAAUCUGGUUAUCAGUUUUAGGGAUUUGAAAUCUUCCACGUAUCCCAUUAGCACAUUUUAUAGCCCUGCAAUUUAUAGCUUUGUCUUGAUUAUGUAUAGUUCUACGUCCAUACCUGGAAAAUGAUCAAAUGAAGUAUAUGCCAACAUACUACAAUAACUUAAGUGAUUGACAAUGCAACACAUAACAGAAAUGGAGGACCUACUCACAGAUGGGGAAAACAAAGAAUCAUAGCAAUAAAUUACUGUAAAACUACUGUAAAUCAUUUUUUGUAAGACUUUUGAAAAUUGGCAGAGUCAAAGAUUCAAACAUUUGCCAGGACAUGCCUUGCAUCAUUUAAUAUUUCUUAGUACAAUAAUUUCUUGUAUACAAACUUUAAAAGUUUUACGCUGCUAGUACCAAAGUCGUCUAUAGCAUAGAUGUGAGGAAAGCCUUGUCUACUUCUCGCCUAUGUUUACACCAAGUGGUGUUAAGCCAAAGAGUUUUUCAUCUUUCUGUAUGUUUCAUGGGUUUUUCCUUACUUUGUACUGCUGUGAUACACGGGAAAGAUUUUCAGUCAAUACAUUUAGGGCAUUUUGCGCAGACAAUAUAACAAGAUUUUUAAUUACAUUUCUGUCCAAAAAUCUCACAAACUUGUUCCCCUCUCAUUCUGUUGCCUCUAGAAGCUGCUCUUCCAACCUGUGUAAAACAAUUUUAAUGCUGGAGUUUAUUGUGUAUUCAUUUUUUUUUAUCUUGUAAGCACCCCCUGUCCCAGGACUUGAUAUGACAGUGAGGUGCAGUCAUAACUUAUUAAGCACUUUAAAACCCUACUGUAUUUUUAGAGCAAAUUUUGCUUGAAGGGUCUACUUAUGACUCAGGUGGGCACUACCAGGAAAUGUAGAUACUGUAAACUGUAACUGGUGGAAGUGGAGCCAGGAUUUGAAUUUUGUGUCAAUUCAAAGUUGUAAUUAUUGUCUUUAUUUUUAUAUCAUGCUAUAUUUUAUGCAAAAUUAUUUGUCAUAGCAAUUACAUUAAAAAAAAGUUUGUCACAAUGUGCUGAAAGGAUGUGAUUACAGUUAAAGUAUAUUUUUUAAUAAAUAAUUAAAUCUUUUAAA